AUGGCAACCAGCUCAACAUUCAACCAAACCACCACUGUAACAUCCAAUGCUAGAUCCAGUACAACUUCUGGAGGAACCAGUAUAAUCUCCUAUAGUGUAUCCAGAGUGAGCUCCCGUGAAAACAGCACAGUUGCCAACACUGGAUCCAGUGUGAUCUCCAAUGGGGCCAACACAACUUCCAACACUACUUCCACUGCAAACUCUGGUAGGGCCAAUACAAUCUCCAGCCCUAGAACCACAUUGAACUCUGAUAGGACCAGCACAACCUUCAACCCUGCAUUCAAUUUUACCUCCAGCGGGGCMAGCACAACCUCUAACAGCAUAUCCAUUACAACCUCUGUUGAGACCAAUGCAACCCCAAACACUGCUUCCACAUCAUCUUCUAGUGAGGGCAGCAGAACUUCCAACACUGUUUCUAGUGCAACCUCUGAUGAGGUCAGCACAGCUAUCAACACUGGAUCUAGAGUGACCUCCAGUGGGUCCAGCACAACCUCUAACACUGCAUCCAUUACAACCUCUGUUAAGACCAAUGCAAUCCCCAACACCACAUCCACAUUGACUUCCAGUGAGGGCAGCAUAACCCCCAAUACCGUGUCCAGUGCAACAUCUCAUAAGGUCAGCACAGCUAUCAACACUGGAUUCAGUGUGACCUCCAGUAGGAUGAGCACAACCUCCAACCCUGGAUCAAAUGCAACCUCCAAAGUCUCUACCACACCUGCUUCAUCUGGAAUACACACAACUUUCUACAGAAUUAGUACAAGUAUUAGUACUCCAGUGAAUGAGGUGAAGCCCAGUGGGUCCCUGGAGCCUUGGGAAAUCUUCCUCAUCACCCUCGUCUCAAUUGUAGUGGCUGUGGGGCUCUUUGCUGGGAUCUUCUUUUGUAUGAGAAACUACCUGUCCCUGAGAAACAUCUUAGACACAGCUGUCUACUACCCCCAUGGUACCUACCGUGGCCCAAGCCCUCCAGAGAAUCAUGCAGUCUCCCACAGGCCUAGCUGGAGCCCUAACUGGUUCCGGAGGAGACCAGUAUCCCCAGUGGCCAUGGAGAUGAGUGGAAGAUAG